AUGCUCAACAAUCCAACAGAGUCGGAGAGGACGAAUGCAAUACAAUAUGGAGAUUUAAUCGGUACUGAUGUUGUUUCCAAUGCUAAUAAACAACAAGAAAUUUCAGAAAAUGUGAAUAGUCAUCAUCAUGAUGCUAAUCAAAUCAUUAAUAAUACCGAAAUUGUUGAUGAUCAACGCCAGAAUAAAUCAAAUCCGAAUAAUACUACCAACACAACCACCACAACAACAUCUACAGCUGUAAAUAAUAAUAAUAACAAAAUCGAGGAAGAAGAAGAAUUGAAUGAAACUACACGCGAUAUUAUUCAAAAAAUUAGAAAAUUAGGAGAGGAACCAUCAUCACCAACUGAAUCACCAUAUAUCGAUUUUGCGGUAGAUUGUGACUGUACAGUUGCAGGAGCUGCUCUUAGGAAUGGAAUGGAUAUUGACGAUUUCCUAAAUGCCAAUCCCGAAUAUUCACUAUUGGAUAGACUUGAUGGAGGAACAAAAGUUAAAAUUAAGAAUGAAAAACACUUUGAACAAAGAAUUAGAAGAGAGGAACGUAAAUCACAAAUCUAUACACUAAUGAAACAGUUGGAAGAUGAGGAAAGAAAACAGGAGGAAAGGAAAAAGAAGGAGGAAUCGGAACGUCUUGCUUUGCAAAUUCAAUCACAACAGGCAGUUCUCCAAGAAAUUGGUAGAAGGAGCAGAGCAUCUUCUAAUGCUGCAAAUAAGGAAUCACACCUGACAACAUCAGCAUUCAACUUUGCUGAUAACGUUGUUGAAUCAGUUGGAAAUACUGCUGUUAAUAUUGCCUCUGGUGUUGCACAUGGAGUAGGAAAUGUCACAAGAGCUUCAACUAAUGUGGUUGGCUCUGUUGCUUCAGGUAUGGCCACUGGAGUGGGAACAGUUGCUUCGGGAGUUUCAAAUGGUGUAGGAACAGUUGCCUCAGGUGUUGGUAGUGUGGCUGAAUCUGUUGCUUCAGGAGUUGCAUCCGUUGGUAAAGGUUUUUGGAAUAUUGUAGGAUUUAGAAGUAGAUCUGGAUCAAAUGCUCAACCAUUCGUUGAAGAAUUGGAUGAUCGCUCACCACCAAUUAGCCCUAACAAUUCAAGCCCUAAACAAACCGUUUCCACAACCACCACUACUAGCAAUAUAGAAGUGGAAAGGACAAGAGGAAGAUCUAGCUCCUUCCUCUCUAUCCUUCCAUUUACUGGUGAAGUUAUUGAGCCAUAUAUUACACCUCCCCAAAAGUCAUCUGCUACCUCAAAAACAGUUGGCACUCCAACUGAGGAUCACAAUCAUCUUUCAACAAAAUCUGGAAGCCCACCAGUCCAACAAUUCCACUACCCAAAGAAUUUACAUCACGAUAUGAUGAUGCACUUUAAGACUCCACAAGUUUUAGAGGCCACUAGUCCAGUUUCAUUGAAAGAAUCACAAUUGAGGGAAUUAUCUCUUUCAUUCCCUCUAAGGUUCCGUAAUAAGAAUUUAGUUUUAUUGUACUCUACCCAAGAACAUGGUAUCAGCUUACUUACAUUGUACAGAAAAGUUGCUGAAAAUCAACCAAUAAUUAUUGUAGUGGAAACAACACAUGGCGAAGUAUUUGGAGCCUUUUUAACUUGCGAGAUUGAAUUGACAAAGAGAGAUAAAUAUUAUGGAGAUGCUGAGUCUUUUGUUUUCAAAUUUGACAAACAAAAAGAAGAGGAAGAAAAGGAAGAACCUGAAGAUCAUGAAGAUUUUGUCCUUGUAGAACACCCACUUAAAGAUAACAAACCACAACCAACCAUUCAUGCCUACAAAUGGAUGAAGACAAAUGAAUAUUUCCAAUUGUCAUCUGCAAAACAAUUAGCAGUUGGUGGAGGAGGAGAUGGAUUUGCCUUUACGUUGGAUGCCGAUCUUAAAUAUGGAUCUUCACACAAAAGCGAAACCUAUGGAAAUGAUCCACUCACUUCGACAACAGACUUUGAAAUUUAUUCAGUUGAGGCGUUUACACUAGAGACACUCACCACUCAUUCCUCAGCACAUCUUACAAAGCAUCAAUCUCUAAAGUUGAUUAAUUAAUAAAUUAUUGAGUUGAAUUG